CAAAAGCAAGAAGCACGGCACUUAGAAGAUCCUUCAUGCACUUUACAGGAAGUUAGAAGCUAAGAAUGUGAACACAAGAAAUGGCAAGCUACUAAGGAAACCCUGAGUUUGAGCCUGUUCAGUGUCAGCAACAAUCAGAAGAAAAUGGGAGCAUUUGCCUUGGCAGCCCAGAAAGCCUGGGGAGUGUUUGUGUCAGAAAGGAGGCUUGGCUGGAAGUACCUGAUACAGCUUUUUGCCAUUUGCUCUGCAGUUGGCUUCCUCUUAAGCGCUCUCCUCUUUCUUAGCAUCCAUGUCUCCUUGGAACAGCAGUCCACGGGACUCUUGCUGCUUUGUGGCCUUGUCUGGGUCUCACUCUCCAUCGCUCUUUGCUUCUCCAAGCACCUGCGCUGCUUCAGUGCCCUAUUCCUUCUCUCCUGUGGGCUGCGGGAGGGAAAGAAUGCUCUCCUUACUGCUGGUACAGGUGUUGUGGUAGCUGGCAACAUCCAAAGCAUUUUCCACAACCUAAAGGUUCUGACAGACAGCAUAACCUGCCAUUUAGAGUAUGAGAAAUUUGACUUGAUAAAAUAUUACAUUGAGGCUGUAAAAUGGAUUUACGAGAUGGCCAAUCUUCCUACCAACGCACUUUCUGUGACAAUAAAGCAUGAGUUUACACCAUCUUACUCAAUUUCGGAUGAUACACUGAAACAAGAGCUGAAUGACACAAAACAAGAAAUCCAGAGAGUUGCUAACCAGAUAUCUUUUAUGCUGAAUAUAUUGCCCUGUAUAGGCCAGAAAGUAUUGCCCAUAGUGGGGAUUCUUUUAGUUUGUUUUGGAACUGUGCUUUUUAUCAAACAUUUUGUGGGCUCUCAUAAUGCCAAGUUUAAGAAUACUUAUAUCACAAAACGGUUCAUCACAUUUGAUGAGCAUCAAAAGCAACAGCAAAGGCCAUGUCUUCUGCCACUUAACAAAAAGGAAAGAAAGAAUUACGUGACAAUCCCAUCUUUCAGCUUCACAAGGAAGGAGAGAAAACAGAUGCAGCAUUUUUUUCUCCCUGUAUUUAUUCAUCUUUGUGUCUGGCUUCUGUUUGCUGCAGUAGAUUAUUUGUUUUAUUGGCUAAUCAUUUAUGUGAAUAAACAUCUCCAAGAAUUACCAGAUCUGGAGAUUCAACUCAGACUUUCUCAGCAAAAGAAUAGUCUUAUCAUUGUCAUGAACGAGCAUAUUGCAAAGAAUGAUCUUUUGAAGAUCUCUUUGUUUAAGAAUAACUGCAUCCCUCAGCCAGAAUUCCACCUCUCCACGACAUGGCUCCAGCUUGGAAUAAUCAUCUUCUUCUUAAUCAUUUUUGGGUUAUCCUCUGGCCUCUUGACCCAGCUUAAAAUACUUGUGUCAAAUUCAUUUUAUCCUGACGUGGAGACAAAGCGGAUACAAUAUUUACAUGCAAAAUUACUCAAGGAAAGAGCAAAGAUACAACAGAAAGCUGUCAAGAAUGUGUUUGCUAGAACGGUCAAUUUUUGGCUCCCAAUACUUAGGAUAAGAGAAACCAUAAGGAAGAAAGACAAGGCUGCAUUAAAGGACAACAUGGUGUGAACAACACCAAGUGAAACUUUGGAUAAGACUGGAUAUAUGCUUUUGUUAUCUGAAUGAAUAAAUACUUAAAACUUUCCAGUAGCAAAUAUCAGAAGUUGUUUUCCAUCUG